UCUCUCAUUAUUUUGAUUGGAACUAAUCCAUGAUCAGGAUGGAUUGUGAGUGCACUGCUUGCUGGUGCUACUGUUGGUUCAUUUACUGGUGGAACAUUGGCUGACAAAUUUGGCCGGACUAGGACUUUUCAGUUGGAUGUAAUCCCUCUGGCAAUUGGAGGGUUUCUUUGUGCUGCUGCUCAGACUGUUCAAACAAUGAUCAUUGGUCGCUUGUUAGCCGGUAUAGGAAUCGGUGUAGCAUCUGCAAUAGUACCACUUUACAUAUCUGAGAUUUCUCCAACCGAUAUUCGAGGUGCCCUUGGAUCUGUUAAUCAACUUUUUAUAUGUAUUGGGAUUCUUGCAGCACUGCUGGCUGGUUUGCCUCUGGAGGGAAAUCCUAGAUGGUGGCGGACAAUGUUUGGAAUUACUGUAGUUCCAUCUUUUCUGUUAGCGCUUGGAAUGGCUAUUUCUCCAGAAAGUCCUCGCUGGCUUUUUCAGCAAGGAAAAAUAUUGGAAGCUGAAAAGGCUGUUAUAACACUGUAUGGAAAGGAAAGAGUGGCUUUGGUUAUGCAGGACCUGACAGCAGCGAGUGAAGGUUCUUCUGAACAAGAAGCUGGAUGGUUUGAUCUGUUUAGUAGUCGAUAUUGGAAAGUUGUGAGUGUAGGGGCAACACUUUUCUUGCUACAGCAGUUAUCUGGAAUAAAUUUGAAUAUUAAUUUCAAAAAAUAG